AUGUCGACCUUUGAUCGCCGCCGCAUCCAGGCUCCCGAGUCCUCUUCCGCACCAGCGUAUCAGCAAGAGAACGAUGCUGGGCCCUCUCGGGCCCCUACUGCGCCAGGAGAUAUCUCUGACCAUCCAGUCCUCAAGACAGGCCUGAUCAACCAAGCCAAUGGCAGCGCCUACAUCGAAUCAGGAAGCGUCAAGAUCGCUUGCUCAGUAUAUGGGCCCCGACCGAAAGCGCCUCCCUUCACGCCGAGAGGAUCGCUCAACCUCGAGCUCAAAUUUGCGCCUUUUGCGUCUCAUCCCCGCCGAGCUCCAAUGAGGGAUACCGAACCUGCCGCACUCUCUGCUCUCCUCACUCAGCUCAUUCUCCCCUCGUUGCACCUCCACCUCCUCCCGAAAUCCUCGGUCGACGUCUUCCUGAUGGUCCUUGAGUCGGACGACGUCUCGGACCUGCUCGGAGCGGCACAUACGGUCGCUACUGCCGCUAUAGCCGAUGCGGGCAUUGCGAUGAGCGGGCUCGGCGUCGGGACUGUCGUUCGGGGACAGGAGGGGGAGGCCGAGGAAGGAGGAAAGGGGGCGCCAGCGUCUUCAGUGACGCUGGGGGUACUGCCGGCGCUGAAUAAGGUGACGAACGUGUGGAUGACGGGGGUGCAGGAUAUCGAUGCGGUGUGCGAUAUGAUCGACCAGGGCGUCGUUUCGGCCAAAGCGACACAUACGGUCCUGGCCCAGGCUCUGCUCGAAGGCGCAGAACAACGGGGGCUGUAG